AUGUGCAUCGGCCCAUUCAUAGUGCUGCUGGUGCUGCUGGUGGUGAACGCAAGAGGUGAUGUGACGACAGAGCCUACUGAGGUGCAGCCUGCACCCUGCACAGUGCAAUUAGGUGAACAGACCUCUGCCGAAGGAGUUCACAACCGCACGUUUAAUGAUGUGGCGUAUUGCGCGUUCCUCGGAAUGCGCUACGCCAAGCCUCCGGUUGGGGAGCUUCGAUUUAUGGAUCCCGUCCGGCUAGAUGAUCAUCCCAAAGGUCAUCACACAUACACGGCGUACGGGGCCAUGUGUGCGCAGUUCGACGACAUCAACCGGCAGAAUAAGGUGAAAGGGGACGAGGAUUGUCUGUUUUUGAACGUGUUCACGCCGGCUAACCAGACGAAAAGCGAUGGAACUGCCCACAAAUACCCGGUGUUGGUGUUCAUUCACGGUGGCAGCUUCAUUGCGGACUCGGGAGAAGUUCAUGGGGUGGACUUACUGAUGGAAAAUGAGCUGAUCGUAGUAACCCUGAACUAUCGUCUCGGGGUGCUUGGAUUUCUGAAGUACGAGCAGCGCAACAUCACCGGUAACUACGGGCUGAAGGAUCAACUGGCGGCCCUUGAAUGGGUUCGUCGUAACGUGCACCACUUUGGAGGUGAUCCAGAGCGAGUUACUCUGAUGGGGCAUAGUGCCGGUGCAGGCGCAGUGACGCAUCAUCUCUACCACGAACGUGCGCGUGAUCUCUUCAAGGGUGCGAUAGUGUUAAGCGGCUCAAUGCUAGCACCGUGGGCGGUUUUGUACAACACCCGUCGUUGUUUGGAUAACUAUCUGCGAGAUUUACCCGCGUCGACAAUGGACGAAAUUCGUGCGCUAGACUUUCGGAGGUUCUUCAUCCGAGAUGGCAGGUUCCGGUACACGUUCGCGUUCUGCAGCAUGUUCUACACAUGUUUCAUCCCGACGCUCGAGGAUCGACCCGGUGAUGGAGCUUACUUCAGCAAACCACCGUACGAGCUCCUUCGGGAACGGAACCCACUCCAGAUUCCCAUCCUCAUGAGCGAAACAUCGACCGAGUUCGAGUUCCUGCUACCACACGUGUUCGAUUUUUGGAUGAGCGACAAUUUCCCGAACAGCCGUCAUCCGACGGUGAAGCGUCAGAUCGGUAGCAUUCUGGACAACGUCGGGAAUUGGGCCGUCGGUCAGGGUCUCGUAGCUUCCAAGAAGCUGUUCUACCAGAGAAUGGCCAACAUGGCCAAUCUUCACUAUCCGAUCAGGCGGUUGAUGAGUGAGAUGGCACAACGGCUCGAUCCUGGGCUGCUGUACUACAUGCGGUUCGAGUUUGAUGGCUUGUUCGGGGAGUAUAAGAAGAAGAUCUACGCUUCCGAUCUGGAAACGGACGCGUACGGAGCCAUCCACGGUGACGAGCUCGGGUACAUCUUUAGCCCGUACAACCUGCGCGAAGCCAUCGCCAACCGAUCCGCAUAUCGACGGGAACUCUCGGUGCACAUCAGGACCGUCGAGUUGGUGGCUAAUUUUGUGAGAUAUGGCAAUCCCACCCCAAAGCGCAGUAAACUCUCCGGUCUAGUAUGGCCGGCGUAUAACGAAGCGAACAAUCACACCCAGUACCUGAACGUGGACGAAGAGUUCACAGUGCGAAGCGUCGACGAACGGCAGAAUCUCUACUACCUCGUUUGGCAGGUCGCCUUCGAGUGCCUGUACUACUCACGCUGCGAAGGCGUCUCAAAGCUGGAGCAGCUUUCCCAGACGUACGGUGCGCCAUUCGCAACCCGCCAUAACGAUUAUGAUUACGAGCUUUUCGAUGAAGAUACCAAAAACAAUGUGACCUAA